AUGUCGCCAGCAAUUCCUAUGUCAAAAACUUGGAAAGAAACCAAUCGUUUAUAUAAAGAACAACGAAAAAAAUGGAAGGAAGAGAGGUUAGCCAAAAAAUUCGAUAAGGAAGAAACUAAAAAAAAAUUACAAAAAGAAGUAGUUAAACCCAUUGAGAAACAUUUUGAAAAAAAAGAUAUUUCAACAAUCAGUAUUGCAGUUCCUGGAUCAAUUUUAGACAAUGCUCAAUCUCCAGAAUUACGAACAUAUUUAGCAGGACAAAUAGCACGUGCAGCAUGUGUUUAUAAAAUAAAUGAAAUUAUUGUUUUUGAUGAUAAAGGAGAAAUAAUUGAAAGUGAAAAAAAAAAAAUAAGAAACGACGAAGUAUUAGGUGAAAGACGAGUUGGAUGUUUGCAGUUAGCUAGAAUAUUACAAUAUCUUGAAUGUCCACAAUAUUUAAGGAAAUAUUUUUUUCCUAUUCAUAAAGAUUUACAAUAUGCUGGAAUAUUAAAUCCUGUAGAUGCUCCACAUCAUUUACGUCAGCAAGAUAUAUCUUUAUAUAGAGAAGGAAUAGUUACAAAUAAACCAGUUAAAUCUGGUAAAGGUUCUCAUGUGAAUGUAGGAUUAUUAAAUGAUGUUUGUGUGGAUAAGAUAUUAACUGCUGGAUUAAGAGUUACAGUCAAAAUACCUGAAAAGCAAUCAAAUCUAAAAAAAUUAAAAGGAUUUAUUGUUCCACCUGAUAUUCCUAGAUCGGAUACUGGUAUAUAUUGGGGAUAUACUGUGAGAUUAGCUAAUAAUCUCACAGAGGUAUUAACACAAUGUCCUUAUAAAAGUGGAUACGAUUUGACCAUUGGUACUUCAGAUAAAGGAAAAUCAAUUGAUGAUAUAGAAUCAAAAGGCAUUGAAUAUCACCAUGCUUUAAUAGUAUUUGGAGGAUUAUCUGGAUUAGAAGCUGCAGUAGAUUGUGAUCCUAAUUUGGAUGUGGAUGAUGCUUCUUUGGUAUUUCAUCAAUAUUUGAAUACUUGUCCUCAACAAGGAUCAAGAACUAUUAGAACAGAAGAAGCUAUUUUAAUUACAUUAGCAGAAUUAAGAACAAAAUUGUUUCCUAAAAUUCCUUCAUUACCAAAUACUCAAUUUAAAAGUUUUGUAAAUAAUUGAAUUAUUAGUAAAUAUAAAUAACUGUAAGUAAUAAUAUGAAAAAUAUAUAUAUAAAUUUUUGCUUUUUAUUUUUAUUUUUUAUAAUAUAAUAAAAUUAUAUAAAAUUAUACAAUAUUUUCAAAACUUUUAAUAUAAGUACAUGUAUGUAUAAACAUAUAAUUUUAUAAGAAAAUGUUUUUCUUUUUUUUAUUGUUAUUUUAAUUAUUUUAAUUAUUUUGUAAUGUACAAUUUACUGUAUCUCUUAAAGUUUUAAUAACUUUUGCUUGAUCAGAAGAACCUACGACUGCUGUUCCAGAGACAAUCAUGUUUGCACCAGCCUAAAAAAUAUAUAUAUGUAAUUUAUUUUUUUGUUAUAAAAUGAAAUUAAUGAAAUUAUAUAUACCUUUGCACAUAAA